GAAAAAAGAGUAGUCGACGACUGCGACGAAAAAGAGGAAAAGUAAAUGCAGCAGCCUCGAAGAAGCUCAUCGGGAAAAACUCUAAACCAUUUCGAACCGUUUUCGGGACGUUUUGAGCGUGAAAUAUGUGCGUUUAAUGGACAAAAGUGUUUGUAUGCUGAUUAUCUGUGCACAGAGAUUGAAAAUAGCUCGGGAAAGCCUCUAGAAAUAGCGUUCCGGGCAAAGUAGGAAAACAAUCUCAGGAACUCCUGAUAUGAACCACUUUGUCAUGGCCGUUAUGUCAGUACCAGUUUGGAACACUAGAGGCCAACCAACAAUUCAAAGCAUAGGUGAUCCUCCCUCGACAAGCACAACAGAGCGUAAUCCAGUAGCAGCGACAGACGCAGAUAAGUUAGUAAUAACCUUUCCGCCUGGCCGUAUCGCCGCCAUAUAGAUUCGUGAGCAGAGACAAGCAGGCGCUUAGGAGAAAGGUGUUAUCUCGUUUUAUUUGAAGAACUAUUUGAUGUGACUCGUAUAUUAUAUUGAAGAUGUCGACGACAUCGUCUGUUAAUUCGUCUACGGCAUCCAGCAAUUCCGGUAAUGUUCUCUCGUCCGCCUCGUCGAAUAUUGUUAUAUUGGAAAAUCAAGUGUUGGACAGUAACGAUGUGGUGGCCGCAGCAGGCCUUCAGCAGCUGUCCAAUGCGGGCAACCUGAAGCUGUCCAGAGAUUGCGCGGCGGUGCAGUAUUCGAAUUUAAUCAAUAGCUACACAGCGAGUAGCAUUAAUAAUAGCAACAGUGGUAGUGGUAGUAAUAGUGGAUCAACUAUAGUGGGGAACAAUAGCUCCCAGAUGAGUACAGUGAAUAUUAUUCCCGGGGACGCCAGCCAAACCAGCUCUCGAGUGCAAGUACUCAGCAAUGUGCAGCUGGUGUCGAAGGGCGGCUCCCAACCGUCUACAUUCAGCUAUGUAGACGCCAGUGGUAAGAACUUUAACGUUCUUACGUCCAGUGGCAAACUCGGCAGCAACAAGCUGAUCAGUGUACCGAUAACAAAGGUAAAAACUUUUAAUCAUCUUGCACCGCAGCAGCAACAACAACAGCAGAAUCAAACCGUUUCAUCUCCUGUUCAAAACCAGCCGCAGAAAGUGACUGUCCCGCGCAGCAUACAAUUGGUAACAAGAUUACCAAACUCUACCAUUUCCGUUAGCAAUGGGCGUGUUUCACAAAUUGCGCCCACACUAUCGUCCUCCCCGCAGCAACAAUUCACAAUUCAACAGUACCCCGACUCAAGUGUUAACUAUCCGACCAGCACGAUAGCAAAUACCAGUACCAAUACUGGAAGUAAAACUGUAUCCGCCAAAGGCAAAACCUCCGCGUCGGUGAAAAUGAUGCAGAACUCUCAAAUCGGACAGAUCGGAACAAAAACCACGAUCGGUAAAAGUAUGAGUGUUAGCCUGAAAAGUGUACGAACUAACUCCAAAGCAGCCAUGUCGGGCGUCAACUCACAGUACUAUGUGAAAAGUUCUACCAACGGUACGAUGCAGCAACUAGGAACAACCACGUCAAUAUACACGACAUCCCCUGCGCAGGCAGUCUAUCAUAACCCAACUCCCCACCCACAUCCUCAGCCAGUGAUGAACCCGUUCGGAACAACGCCUAACGCGUCCGGUAAGGGCAGGAGUGUGUACAAAACAUCGAAGAAUCAACUUAUCCAACUUCAACACCAACAACAACAGCAACCGCAUCAAUCUCCCCAACGGUCAGUGACACCGUCGCCUAGUCCGGUCAGUGCGAUACUCCAAAACGCUUCGUACGGCGGAUCAAGUGCAACGAUCGUUCAAAGUAACAAUCGAUAUCAACAGAACUAUCACACAGCCCCACCCACACAGUCAAGUAUAACCACAAGCAACUAUAAACCGUUGAAUCAUCUCUACACAGGCGUUCCUACGAGUACGGUAUACGAUUCGUCAAACAGUUCAACCUCCAGCGUGGACCAUUCUGUUCCAUCUGUGACAGUCACUGGUUACAGCUCUAGUACAGGCAAGGGCAAAAAGUAUACAGCAAUCGUAAACAACGACGUUGCUGUUUCACCAGUUAAAGUGAGGGGUGUCGGUCGAGGUCGCAAUAACAGUCUUUCCGCCAGCUAUCAACAGCAAGAUAACACCACUACUUAUCAAAGGUAUUCGGCAUCACCGUCAAGAACACCGCAGCAGCAGUUCCACCCACCCCCACUGACCAGUACCGUUUACCAGUCACAAUCUGCUACUAGUGCACGGGAUGAUCAACAACUAUUCAUAAACGGUCAGCAAAUGAGAGAUGAAACAUCGGCCCGUAUUUUGCAGAGUUUAUCUAGUAAAACUUCCGACAGCGGAAAGUACAUCUAUGGCAAACAACAGCAAACGUUCAGCUUCUAUGGUUCGGACAGUGUACCCCAAACUCCCAGUAAUUUUACAAACGCGGUCAGCGCAAAUCCAUCCGCGACCGUCGUGUACGACCCCAGUGAUUCUCGGUUUUACGAGGACAAACCCGAUGGCAGACGAACAAGCACAUCGGAAAUCAUUACCUACGCAGACAACAUCCCGCUUCGCGAGGGUUAUCCCCCAUCCUACAGCUACAACCAUCGAGAGGAUGACGACCAGAUCGGUGUGGAAGUGCGACCCGCUCCUGUGGAUACCUCUAAUGGGCGGUAUCACAUUCUGCAAGCGAUCCUUCAAGAUCACACCUACUUUGCCGCCCUUCCGGAACUUAAACUACCGGAACCUCCACCGCCAACGCAGGAAUCGUCUUCGUUGCCGCCAUCCCAGCAAAACCAACCGCCGCAAUCGAUAGCGAGUAACGUUCACCUGUCUCAAAAAUCGCUCAAAGUGCAAUCCAGUUUACCAUCGUCUAGUUGUGGUGGUGGUUCUAUUGCUUCUGCUGCUGCUGUGAUGACACAUUCUCCGUCGGCAGUAGUAGCACCGGGAAGUGUUGCUGUCCCUACUGCGUCUGUGCCGGCUCCACUCACUCAGAUGAGCUUGAGCACCCUGGCAGCCAUAACGGCACCAAGCAGCAGUAGCAGCGGUAGUAUCUCGGUUAAUCCGUUUACCGGUGGCAGCACCUUGGACUACUAUCAGAGGCAAUCGGUGGCAGCCGUUGCAGCAUCGGCGGCGUCUGCGCAGGAUGACGAUGCCAACUCGGUGAUUAGCACCGGAUCUCGUAAUCUCAACAGCAUGGACAUCGAUUUGGGCGAGGAAACGGAAACGGCUCCGGAGGGCGAAGGCGAGGACGAUUCAGUCACGCGAUGUAUCUGUGAUUUGACGCAUGACGAUGGGUAUAUGAUAUGCUGUGAUAAGUGCUCCGCCUGGCAACAUGUUGACUGUAUGGGCAUUGAUCGACUAAACAUCCCGGACGAGUACAACUGUGAAAUGUGCCAGCCCAGGCCCGUGGACAAAAACCGUGCUCGUUUGCUGCAACUGGAGAAACGCAAGGAACAGUCGCUGUUCCUUGCCAAUAAUAAUCUCCAACUGCCACUAGCCGAUUCCUCCGUAAGUAGUUCCAACCUGGUCAAUGCAUCCGUCGGAGUUGUGUCCAGUUCCGGUGGAAAAGGUGCCAACCAGUACACAACCGGAAAGGCUGUAGCCGGAUCGAAAAAGAAUAAAUCCGGUAGCAGUGCAAAGAAGAAGGCAACUGACGGUUCGAUGACUAAGAAAAGUAGCAAGAAAUCCGGUGAAAGUGCAUUGAAUCGUGUCAACGGAAAGCGAAAAGAACUUAAAAAGCCAUCGAAAAAGAAAGUCAAAUCAAACGAACCAAACGCAGAGAAAAUGACCAACAUGAUCCGAACCUGGAUCGACAACUAUGAGCGUGCCAUUACAAACCACUACUCGCCGGAAUUGCGUGCACGGCUGCAAGCUUUCGGUAAGAUGCAAACACAGAAUCCUCUGCUGAAUACGGAUCGUUUGAUCCAGGCCAACACGGUGAUAAACUUGCAGCAAAAAUGCACAACUGUUCCGCAUGCUGGGGGAAAAAUUCUCAUCAGCACCGGAGACAUUGAGCCAAAGGCGCCGAUCAUUGAAAUACGUGGAAAGUACAUGCUUUCUUCUCAGCAUAAACCACUGCAGUCGCUAUUUAACAUGGCCGCAAAUGGAAAGUUGGCUAAUAACAAGAAUGCUGGUCCUUUCUUGUUCCUGUACCAGUUAACAACCGGUGGAAUGGAGUUGUGCGUUGAUACGCGGACUUACGGCAACGACGCCAGAUUCAUCCGAAGGUCUUGUCGACCAAAUGCGGAGAUAUUGCACAAUGUUGAAAAAGGUGUUGUGCACUUGUACAUUGUUUCGACGACGAACAUCAAAGCGAACACUGAGAUCACGAUCAAGCAUGAUGACCAGUUAAUUCAGAGGGUAGGUGGAAUCGUCAUCUUGACACAUACUACAGUUACGAAUUUGUGCGCAUGCGGUUUGAUCAAAGAAUGUCAGUAUUCUGCACAGUUGAGUGAAGGGUUGUUCCCAGUAACGGCAGCUGCUGGCACUGUUUGUCCCCUUCCAAACAAUAGUGGAAUGCUUCAGGGUGGACCAGGAGCGGUUAGCUCUACCGGACCGAGCAAACCGGUAAAGAACAAGAAAAAUAAUGGUGCUUUAGGCGAUGGUGACAAGAAACCAGCGAAGAAACGUAACAGUAGAUCUACAAGUUCAAAUGCUGAAGCUCGGCUGAGAUCAGUUUCUUCGAGUGGUGAUAGUGCGAAUGAAAUGAUGCUUUAUGCUCAGCAUCAUCAGCAGCAGCAACCUCCUCAGUCACCAUUGUCGCAGCCACCGGUAAUGGGGCAACAACCACCUCUGUCACCAUUACAACAAUCUCAGUUCCCUCAAAUGCCGCCGCAUCUAAUAUCUCAGCAGACUGCGUUGCAUUUUAUUCACCAACAGCAGCAGCAACAGCAGCAGCAGCAGAUGCAGCAACAACAUCAAAUGCAACAACAUCAGCAACUACAACAACAACACAAACAACCGCAGCCAUUGUCACUGGGUAAUCCUUCGAUGGUGCAGUCGCAACCGGUUUACAUGUAUAGUCCUUCUCCUACGCACCAGCCGACAAGUAUGAUGAUUUCUCAGCAAAACAAUUACCCAGUGCACCCGCAAACUCCACCUCCAAUGAGUCCUGUGAUGGGAAUGACCAACCGGCCAGGGUACUAUACGGAAAUCAAAUCUCCACUCAAAUCACCCCCUCUAAAUUUGAGUGGCCCACCGCCGUUGGUAAUCCCUACGAUGCCUUCACCGAGUAAAACAAUGAUUCACGUUCCUCAAGAACAUCAAAAUUCACCAGUUGCCCCGAGCAACCCCCUUGUGCAGCAUUCACCAUUGUCAGAGGAGCAACCGCGAAUGGAGGUGAUCCAGCAUCAGCAGCACUACCAUCAACAGCAAAUCAUGGAAGAUAUCUUAAAGAUCAAAAUAAAAUCACCAACUGUUAGUCCGGUCAAGCAAGAACUGGCCAAAUCACCAGCACCAGUCUGCAUGCUAUCUCCACCUCCACCUCCGCCAGUUCCGAUCGUCCAGCGAUUGCUUAGCGCGGAAACGCUAAAAAGUGAACUGUUUCACUCACACUACCAGCAACACCAACCACAAGACAUGCAUGCACCUCCACUGGCAGCUAUGCGUGAAUCGGCAGUAUCAUCACCGCAACCACAGUCACCGGUGAAAGUUGAGUUCACUCCUCCUAAGCUGGAAAUCAAACAGGAACCACUUUUGCUAUCUCCGCAACGUUCUGUUGCACCAGUCAUUCCACCAGUCGAAUGUGUUAAGGUCAAAGAAGAGGAAGAAGUAAAAAUAGAAUCAGUCGUGGAAACUUCUCAAAUAGUGCCGAAAGAUGAACCUAGCGAAUUGCUAUCGCCAAAGAGGGAACCUUCUCCGGCACCCAGUGAUAUGGAUGAUAGCAAAGAAGAGAUUGUUCCACUGGUAGCCGUAAGUAAUACAAGUUUAUCGGGUAGCGCAACAAAUUCCCCUGUUAAGUCCCAAUCGACGACUACCGCAACGACGCCUGUUGCGUCCGAACCGGUGGAAAAGAACAGUAGUAAUAGUACCAAUAGCUCCCCGAAUUCCUCCUCGCAUACCCAGACAAACAGUGGCAGUAAGAAGAAGAGCUGUAGUUUCCCGAAAGACAACGAAACAGUAAAAGAGGAAAAGAAACCCUCGAGGAAGCUUACUCGCGAAGAGCGUAAGAUGGAAGCAAUUGUGAAGGCGUUUGAAAAGAUGGAGCAAUCGCAGCAACGAAAGCAGGAACUGAAAGAGCAGCGCAAAGAGGGUAAGCGUAGAAGUGUAUCUUCUUCUACCCCGGACGAAGGCGGUGGAGUACCAGCGGUUGUCGGGACCGGUUCAGCUAAAAAGCAAUCACCGAUCAGUUCGCAAAAGCGUAAGAAAAAGAAAAGUAAAUCGUUGAGUCAACACUUUGGGUCCCCCAAUCAGAGUCGCAAGAAAAAAGUGUCCAAAUCGACGAAAUCUUCAACGAAGAAGGGUCUUCACGCGAGAACGAAAACCUCAGAACAGAGCAAUAAGCGAUCGCACGACAGCGAAACCGUUGAGUUACAGCAAACUCCAUCGCUUUCAACGGAACAAUCAGAACCGAUGUCUUUUUUUGGUGAUGAUGUGAAGCCGAUUCCUGCUGAUGAUCCUACCGGCACUACUGCUUUGACGAACAACAACAACAACGAAGAAAGUGAAUUGCCACUAAGCCAAUCGGGUAUAGCUGAUUUGCCACCCCUCAGUUCUGCCUGUAUGUUGAUUGAAGCCGCUGUAGGUCCGUUGGAGCAGGCCUCCAGUACGACUCCGACGGAGCAAGACUUCAAGUUUCCCCAGAAGGCGAAAACUAAGAAAAGUAUGAGUCGAGAAUGGUUGAGCGGUCAGACAAGUGGAGAUUUACCGUUGAUGCCGAAUCGAAGGAUCACACCGGAUCAUGAUUCGGGUUACCUAAGCGAGGAAAAAUCACUCGAUUAUCGACGGGUGAUGGUGGACGAAGGAAUUGCUACCCCACUUGGUGUGGAUGUUGGAGAACCGAGCAUCUGCGUUGUGGCGAAAAAGGUGGAGGAAUUUAUCGCUCAAAAUUCGCCACAAUCUGACGACAUCAGUGGGCACAAGUGGGAAGACAAAGCAACUGUCAGCAGCUCAAACUGUCAAACACCGACCGGUGGAGGAAAUGUUUCGGAAAGUGCCUCCGUUAAAAAGCGUUGGUUACGGCAAGCAAUAUCGGAAGAAACGGAUGAGCUGAUGCAUGCCUCGAACUCAUCGCCUCCCCCAAACGGAUUUACGACACCACUGAAGAAACGACGUGUCAUUCGACAAUCGGAUGAUGAACCACAAUCGCAGAUACAAACGCAACCUCCCCAAUCGUUUCAAUCCGCCCAGAAGAUUGACUUUGCCGGUCAAGCUCAACAACAUCAACAACAACAACAAUCUCAGUCAGCGGCGAACAGUCCGAAGCAAACCUAUCAUGAAACUAGUUUGUACUGGUCCAACUCUGGUCCGCCUCCCCUGGCGUAUUCAACGCGUUCUCAUAUGAUUAUCGACGAAAAACAAGCCAUGGAUCUGUCUAGAACUGCUCCGGUACGAGUAUCGCACCAAGCCAGGAUUCAACCGUAUAAAAAUUUUCCCAUCGCGCAAGCUCUAACACCAUUGCACUUUACCGAUCCGGAUCCACUUCCGGUACCAGCGAUCACAACAAUUUCGCAUCCGGUCAUAGCCCCUUCGCCUAUACUAGUACAAACUCAAAAUCACCAGUUGAUCCCUCAAGACUCGUUUGAAAUUCGGCCGUUGAAUCAUAGCUAUGAGCCAUUGCCAGUACCGGCACCAUCGGCUGUAGCGGCAAUAGUACCUGCUUCUCUCAUUCCGCCAGAAUUGCGGCCUACCCUAGCACCGGUGACGCAACAGCACGCUCGACUAGAUAUGAGCUACUCGGGCUCCUACCAUCAGACGCUCACCCCGGAUGUGUCUUCGUCGAGUACGCCGAUAAGAAGUAUUACCCGCAGCAAGGGUAGCCAAAAGUACAUCGGAAGUCCGGCUAAAUUCCAGCCAUCGUCACCUGCAGACUCACAAAGCAGUUGCUCGGUGGCAGAGACACCGGAGAAGAGUUCGUUCGUUAGUACCGAAAGUGGUUGCAAUUCCGACAUCGACGAAGAACAAUCUCCGCCGAAAUUGACUGCCGAUCAGCAGGUUCCAAUGCUUUAUACGGAACAGAUACCGGUCGAGGUUGCGCAGGAAGCUAGUUCAAAUUUAGUGGACAAGGAAGAAACUGUUAGCUAUUCGAAUGAAUUGCUAGCAGUUGCUGAUGCGGUACAGAAUGAAGUUCCUGUUGAAUUGGAAGUAGGGGGAGAGUGUGCCAUUGUGCAGGAGGAGGUAGUUGAAAAAGAACCAACGACGUUUGUGGUUCAGGAAGAGCAAGUGGUAAUGAGUGAAGUGGUAGUUGAGCAAGAGAUGGAACCAAUGGACACUAGUGGGGAUACAGUUACAAAUGACGAAAGCGAUCUAUUUGAAUCGCAAGGAGAUGAAUCGAUAGAGGAACAUCAGAACAGGCCACCUUCACCAGCACCCGUGGAAGUAUCAUCGCUCUCGUUACAGACCAAAACGGUUGAAGCAAGUGCGCUGAACGGCAAUGAAAAUCUUCGACCUGUAGCCGGACUGGGGAAAAAUAGGGACGAAAAUGAACUGGAAGAUUUGCAGAAAGUGAUCGCUUCGUUCCACUCGGAGAAUAUAAUGAAUUUAAUUUCCAGAAACAAAAAGACCAAAAGCUUUAGUCGAGAAGACAUUGGCGAGGGUAAACCACGUUUGAAAAGGCAAUUGAGAAGUAAACAUUCAUUCGCUGAUUCUCCUCUGGCAUCGCCGCCUCCAUCAACGUUUGUGGAAUUCGAGCAAGUAGAGACACCGGAUGAAGGAACAAUGGUUGAAGAGGAAGCGCUCGCAGUAAGUCUAGAUUCAUCAAAUAUCCCAGUAACCGUACAUACGACGGAAGAAGAACCGGUCUCUGCAAUACCUACCCUGGUUAGAUCAUACUCUCAUUCAUCGUGGCUUUCAGCAACAGGAUCUUUUAGGGAAUCAACGACAGAGGAGAGAAGUUUUUCUACCCUUCGAUCGGAUAUUCCACCGAUCAGCUAUAAUCCACCGAGCACUUACCAGUCGACCGCUGCUCGAAACCUCCUCUCAUCACUUUCGGUCGGCUCUGAACCACUAUCCACGCUAGGAAGCUAUCGUUCCAGCAGUUCGUCCUUCCUUGACUACCCAAAAUCGUCCAUCACGACGGGAUCUUCCGGCGUAGGAAGCAGCAUCUAUCAGUAUCGACCUUCCACUGAAAUCAGUACUCUGCUAGAGAAGGGUUUCUCCAGUUCCCGUCCGACAAGUUUCUCCUCACUGUCUGGAUCAAUACUCGGACUUGAGCGCAGUAAUAGUACACCAAGUAGUACCGUCCUAUCAUCGUCGACCCUAGGCACGAGUACUGCGAAAGUAACCGAUAACCUAUCCACCCUCGGUGGGUCCAACAAUACAAGUUACCCGAAAAUUUUCACCAAAACCGCUAGCUCCGAUCCGCGACUAAACCCGGCAUUGACGGUACCGGAACCACCUGCUCCGAUCACCCCCAAGCGGAAGCUAUCGAUUAACGAGUAUCGCCAACGGAAGAUGCAAACCUGCACAGCGACGACUACGACAACGAUGGCUUCUUCUUCCUCGGAUGGUAUUCCAGCGAUUGCAACCUCAACGUCGUCUGCUUCGUCGAGUGGAAGUAACAGUCGCGACGGUUGCACGGGAAGUAAUCUGAUCAGUAGCAGCGUGGAAAGCAGCGACGUUAGCAGUUCGAUUUGUAAAGAAUUAAACCUUGAACUUGAACUGGAGUUGAGUAAAUCCGAAGAGGAGGAGGAGGAGGAGGAGGAAGAGGAUAGUAUUCGCGGGAAAAGCGGGAAUAGUUCACCUAAUAACGAAUCAUUGACGACCUCCAUUUCGCUUACUGUGUCCGGUUCUGGGGAACCAAGUUCAACAGGAGAUGCGGUGUAAGCCCCACGUUCGCUAGAUCGCUCUUUGAGUGAAGAGGCGGAAACAAGAAUCUGGACACUAUUUGCCGGAUGACCAAACUGUGCCUAACUGACAAUGAUCGAAAGAUGCGAGUUCACUAACCAUGAACUAGCCAGUUCGCACAGUUGACUGCAGUCAGCGACAAAUGCUGGAGCACCUCGACCGGAGAUGGUUACGCACGUGUGGUGUGGUAUACGUGAUGAAAAACUAAAAAGAAAAUUAACCGUCCCGCGAAACCAAUUGAUGCCGAACCGGAGGGACUGAUUGUAACCCGAAAACAAAAAACUUCGAAUUGUGACAACUCUCAAAUGUAAAUACAAUAGUCAACAACCUAACAAAACCAAGGCAAGCAAUCAAAAUCUGGACGACGCUGGUAGUCGCAAUCGGAUUAUGUUAAAAAGCAACGGAAGCAAGCGAAUGUGUUAUGAUUGUGAUGGUCGAACGGAGCAGCUGGAUGGAAACCUACUUCCUGUAGAAGCAGGCAGGGCCAGACGUAACAGAAGCGGUAGUAAAUGCAGGUGUAAUUUUUUCUUUGUAUAUCAAGUGUAGAAUUAAAAACCGAUAACACAAACCCAUGUUAAGCGCAACCUUACCAUUUUGUAAAUAGUUUCUUCAAGAUAGUACCGUAUAAAUGAAUAAACACCGUCAUCCUUUCCAUUACUCCAUAACUAAACCUGUGAAUUUAGCUAUUCUGUAAAUACAAUAUAACUCUUCAAAAGCGUAGACAAUGCUGCUGUACAGAUUUUAAGAUUGAGACGUCAAUGAAUGUUAUGUUUUCCCAGCCCGUUCUCCGAUGUGAACAAUAUUGUUUGCACAUAAUAUGUAGUAGUUACAACUUAUAGUUUAUUGAGUAGAAAAUAUAAAAGCAUUUUUUCGUCUGUUCCUAACACACAGAAAUUGCAGGUUGUUUUCACUUGUAACGACCACCACACUAAGUGAUGUAAACAAACAAUUUAUCGAAUGCUCCAAACACCCUUACUUUGUCCUAUUCCCACUUCCCCUAUAUUGUAAAUAGUUCGAGCAAAAACAAAAAAAUCUGAAUCGUGAAGACUGAUAACGAAAGUUGUGAAGCUGUGUAUUUUGUACAUGAUAGAGUAGAAGUCCAAAGAGAGAGCGAGAAAGAAAGAGGAUAGUAUGCUCUAACAGCAAAUGACUGCAGUGUAAAAAUACUGAAACAAAAUUUAUUUCCAGUCCUUGUUUAAAAGAAACAACUUUCCUUUUCCCUGUUCCUUCAUGCUCAGCCCCGGUGCCCCCCAACCAGUGACGAGACAUAUGGAAAUGUGUGCUAAAAUCGCAAACAUUCUCUCAAAACCCACCCGUUUGUGAAAAACAAAUUUUAAUCAUUCGAAUUCAUUUGUAAAUAGGUGUACAGGUCUCAGUCUACCGGCAGUGGAGGAGGUAGCAGUUGCACAACGCCACUAAACCUACUUAUGUAAAGUAUAAAAGCUCUACUUUGUAAAUAAGGCGAUACUAUAUUAUAACAACAAAUCAAACAACAACAAGAAACAUGGUGUAAAAUAGUACAAAUAGAUUAUAUAAAUGAGGAGAAAUUUAAGAACCUUUAGCGUAAGGAUUAUUAGUACACUAAUCCGAAUCAAACACUAGAACUACUACAAGUGAAAUGUAAUAAAAA